GGUUUAAUUCUGGCGCUCGCUAGCCGGGGGCCGGCUCCGCCCCCUGCGCCCCGCCCCCUUCUCCGAGGUCCCGGAGCCGCGGGCGAGGCAGCGAGCUGCCGGCGCGCGCGGCAGGUUGAGAGGAGCUGCUGGAGAAUGAUUGUCACUGUACUGGAUGGACUGCUGAACUAUUGAAUUACUUCCAUCUUUUGACCGCACUAAGAAAUUGUCCAUGGAGUUGAGAUAUUUAUUGCAGUAACUUCUGGCCUUACAUAUUUAAGGUUGAACGCAUUUGGGAACUUAAUGCAUAAAAUUUGCAUGAGUCCUCACUCCUUUCUGGAUCUGUCAUUGGAUUCAAGCCAGCAUGGCUCACACCACAAAGGUUAACGGCUGUGCCUCAGGAAAAGCAGAUGAUAUUCUGAAUGGAGAACAAGACAGGGAACAAAAAGAUCCCUAUUUUGUGGAGACCCCCUAUGGUUACCAACUAGACUUAGAUUUCCUCAAAUACGUGGAUGACAUACAGAAAGGAAACACCAUCAAGAAAGUGAACAUCCAGAAGAGACGGAAGCCAUCUGGGCCAUGCCCAGACUCCAGGGCUGCACCUGGCCAGCACGGCGUGUGGACUUCUACUGAAUCCCUCUCAUCCUCCAACAGUGAUGACAACAGGCAGUGCCCCAGAUUCCCCCUAGGCCGAAGCCAAAUUACAUCAACCCCAAUCUCAAAGCCACCUGCCCCUCUGGAGACCUCUCCUACUUUUCUUACCAUCCCAGAAAGCCGACAGCUGCCACCACCAUCACCACAACUCCCAAAGCACAACCUUCAUGUCACCAAGACACUGAUGGAGACCCGGAGAAGACUUGAGCAGGAGAGAGUCACCAUGCAGGUGGCACCUGGUGAGUUCCGAAGGCCCAGGCUGGCCAGUUUUGGAGGCAUGGGCUCCACCAGCUCCCUUUCCUCCUUUCUGGGUUCUGGAAACCACAAUCCCACCAUGCCCCAGCUUCAGAAUGGAUACCAAGGCAAUGGGGAUUAUGGUGGCUAUGCCCCAGCUGCUGCCACCACCUCCUCCAUGGGGAGCUCCAUCCGUCACAGCCCCCUGAGCUCAGGGAUCUCCACACCAGUGACCAACGUGAGCCCCAUGCACUUGCAACACAUCCGUGAGCAGAUGGCCAUUGCCCUGAAGCGCCUGAAGGAGCUAGAAGAGCAGGUGCGAACCAUCCCUGUGCUCCAGGUGAAGAUCUCUGUCCUGCAAGAGGAGAAAAGACAGUUGGCUUCACAGCUGAAAAACCAAAGAGCGGCAUCCCAGAACGAUGUCUGUGGUGUGAGAAAGCGGUCCUACAGCGCUGGGAAUGCAUCCCAGCUGGAACAGCUGUCCAGGACCCGGAGGAGUGGUGGGGAAUUAUACAUUGACUAUGAGGAGGAAGAAAUGGAGAGCGUGGAGCAGAGCACCCAGAGGAUAAAGGAAUUCCGGCAGCUCACAGCAGACAUGCAGGCCCUGGAGCAGAAGAUCCAGGACAGCAGCUAUGAGGCCUCCUCAGAGCUCAGGGGGAAUGGGGAGUGUCAGCCUCAAGAGUUCCGGUCUGUGGCUGUGGGUGCCGAUGAGGACAUGAAUGACAUUGUUGUGUACUGCAGGGGCGCCAGGUCCUGUAAGGAUGCCGCUGUCGGCAUGGUCACUGAGACAAGGAAUUCUGGGGUCAGUGUGACAGAAGCCAUGCUUGGAGUGACUACUGAAGCUGACAAAGAAAUUGAGCUGCAACAGCAAACGAUAGAAGCCUUAAAGGAUAAAAUCUAUCGCCUGGAAGUACAGCUUAAAGAAACCACCCAUGACCGGGAGAUGACUAAACUCAAGCAAGAGCUGCAAGCUGCUGGCUCGAGGAAAAAAGUUGAUAAAGCCAUGAUGGCCCAGCCGCUUGUUUUCAGCAAGAUGGUGGAGGCGGUGGUACCCACCAGAGACCAAAUGGCUGGCAGUCACGUGGAUGUGGUUGACACAUGUGUGGGGACAUGUGUGCAGACAAGUAGUGUAGGCAUCUCCUGCCAGCCCGAUCAUGAGAAUAAAGAGGUGGGGCCUGAGCUGCCCAUGAAUUGGUGGAUUGUUAAGGAAAGGGUGGAAAUGCAUGACAGAUGUAUUGGGCGUUCGGUGGAAAUGUGUGACAAGAGCGUAGGUAUGGACAUCAGUGUCUGUGAAACAGGCAGCAACACGGAGGAGUCCGUGAAUGACCUGGCACUCCUCAGGACCAACCUGAAUCUCAAAGAAGUGCGCUCCAUUGGCUGCGGAGAUUGCUCUGUUGAUGUGACCGUCUGCUCUCCAAAGGAGUGCGCCUCCCGAAGUGUGAACACAGAGGCUGUCAGCCAGGUGGAAGCUGCCGUCAUGGCAGUGCCUCGAACUGUGAGCCAGCACACCAGCACAGUUGUAGAACAGGUGAGCCAGUUCACCAACACUGAGGUGGCCACUCUCACAGAAUCCUUUACCAACACUUCCCUUAGCACUGUGGACAAGCAGACCAGCACCCACACUGUGGAGAUGCGGACAGUAGCCGUGGGAGAAGGCCGGGUCAAGGACGUCAGCUCCACCAAGAUGCGGUCCAUCGGAGUGGGGACGGUGCUCUCUGGCAACGCUGGGUUUGACAGGCCAUCAGCUGUGAAGACCAAAGAGUCAGGCGUGGGGCAGAUCAGUAUUAACGACAACUAUCUGGUUGGCCUCAGAAUGAGGACCAUAGCAUGUGGUCCUCCCCAGUUGACUGUGGGGCCGACAGGCAGCCGGAGGAGUGUAGGUGUUGGGGACGAGCCUGUAGGAGAGUUCGUGGAGAGCCCCCAGCCCCAGGCACCGUCUGGGAUGGAGACAGGCUUGGAUCACUACAUCGAGCGUGUCCAGAAGCUGUUGGCGGAACAGCAGGCGCUGCUGGCUGAGAACUACAGUGAACUGGCAGAAGCUUUUGGGGAACCUCACUCACAGAUUGGCUCCCUCAACUCCCAGCUCAUCAGCACCUUAUCAUCAAUCAACUCUGUCAUGAAGUCUGCAAGCCUUGAAGAGCUCAGGCACCCUGACUUCCUGAAAACUAGCUUGGGUAAGGUCACAGGCAGUAAUUUGGAAUACACCUGUAAGUGUGGAGGCCUUCAGUCAGGAGGGCCAUUAAACUCACAGACAUCCCUGCAGGAGGCGGGGACCAUGGAAGGGAAGCCCAUCGGCAGCCAGGAUACCUUCCCCACCCAGGAAAGCAUGCUGUCUCCAGUGAAUCUGACAGACGACCAGAUAGCCGCUGGCCUCUAUGUAUGUACAAAUAAUGAAAGUACGCUGAAGUCCAUCAUGAAGAAGAAAGAUGCCAACAAAGAUUCAAAUGGAGCAAAAAAGAAUCUUCAGUUUGUUGGCAUUAAUGGAGGGUAUGAAACCACUUCCAGUGAUGAUUCCAGCUCAGAUGAAAGCUCUUCUUCCGAGUCAGAUGACGAGUGUGAUGUCCCUGAGUAUCCUCCCGAGGAAGAGGAGGAGGAAGAAGAGGAUGAAGACACUCGGGGAAUGGCAGAAGGCCACCACGCAGUUAAUGUGGAAGGUUUCACGUCCACCAGGGUGGAAGAUGAAAUGCAGGUUCCAGAAUGCGAACCUGAGAAGGUGGAAAUCAGAGAGAGAUAUGAAUUAAGUGAAAAGAUGUUGUCUGCAUGCAACUUACUGAAAAAUAAUAUAAAUGACCCCAAAGCUUUGACCAGCAAGGAUAUGCGGUUCUGCCUGAACACCCUCCAGCACGAGUGGUUCCGCGUGUCCAGCCAGAAGUCGGCCAUCCCGGCCAUGGUGGGGGACUACAUAGCCGCCUUUGAGGCCAUCUCACCGGAAGUCCUGCGUCACGUCAUCAACAUGGCGGACGGCAAUGGCAACACCGCCCUGCAUUACAGCGUGUCCCACUCCAACUUCGAGAUCGUGAAGAUGCUCUUGGACGCGGAUGUGUGUAACGUGGAUCACCAGAAUAAGGCAGGGUACACCCCCAUCAUGCUGGCAGCCCUUGCUGCCGUGGAAGCAGAGAAGGACAUGCAAGUUGUGGAAGAGCUCUUCGCCUGUGGGGAUGUGAACGCCAAAGCCAGCCAGGCAGGACAGACGGCCCUCAUGCUGGCGGUCAGUCACGGGCGGAUCGACAUGGUAAAGGGCCUGCUGGCUUGUGGGGCUGAUGUCAACAUUCAGGACGACGAGGGCUCCACCGCCCUGAUGUGUGCCAGUGAGCACGGGCAUGUGGAGAUCGUCAAGCUGCUGCUGGCCCAGCCAGGCUGCAAUGGCCACCUGGAGGACAACGAUGGCAGCACCGCACUCUCGAUAGCCCUGGAAGCCGGACACAAGGACAUUGCUGUCCUGCUGUACGCCCACGUCAACUUCGCCAAAGCCCCGUCUCCGGGCACCCCUAGACUUGGAAGGAAGACAUCUCCUGGUCCCACCCACCGAGGGUCAUUUGACUGAUUGUGUGCAAAUAGCCGUCCAUUUACAUGCCACCACUAAGCUGCUAAUUGUUCCUGUUGGGCUGACAGAUACUGAAUGUACAUUGUGCCUGAGCUCACCAGCAAACAGAACACAGAAAACCGGGGGCUGAAGGCUGGAGCUGCCAGUGGGAGCUGAGCCAGCAAGAGAUUUCUGGCUGGGCACACACGCCUCCUUUCUGGCCAUCUCCCGUCUCUGUAGGGCACACUUGCUGUUGAGUCUCUGCUCCGUUAUGUACAGUUGUAGGAAAUUGUAACCUGACCUGAGUGGGCAACUUCUGUUACUUCUGUUCCUGCUCUCCACACCCCCACCACUGCUGAAAAGUAUCAAGUUCUCACUGGCAUGGUGUUUUUAAAACUUUUCCACAAGUAUUUAUAUUUACUAAAUGUGGACCCACUGGAAAGCUCUUUGAAAGCUCCGUUCCAGGAUGGUUUUGUUGAUUUUCCUUUUGUCUUUAUUAUUUUAAAAUAAGGAAGUUGAGAUGACUUUGAUCAUGAAUGAAUCGGGCCUGGGCUGGUAGGUUUCUGGUUUUAAAAAUAAAAGGUGGGAUUCUCAAAAAGUAUAAAACUUAACAAAAGGAAGUCUAUUCAGUUGGUUUUAUCUAGGUGGCUGUAUUAUAUGACAUUUUAUACAAAGGGUAUCUAUAUAAAAUUGACACAGUAUUUUGAACUUUUAUAUUCCAUAGUAACUGAAGACAUGAAGAACGACAUGUAAUGUUGCUGUAUUUUUAUUAAUAAUUGCACAAUUCUGUGUCUAAUGAUGAAAGUUGAAUUAUGUUAGAGAAAUUGGCUAUCCAUUGGCCUCUAGAGAAACAUAGUGUAGUUCUCCACGUAUUUAUGGAUUCCUUUAUCCCAUGUCACAUUUACUUUGGUCUUACAUGUAUUUAAAUGUUUGAAGUGCCUUAGACUCUUGCCAUAUUUUCAAAAUAAAAUUUCAUUAAGCUCU